AUGUUAUCUCUUGUUUCGGCUCAUUCAAUAGCUGGUCUGACUGAUGUUUGUUACACAAAGGAUGGAAGUCAUUUUUUAACAUGUGGACAAGAUGGAGAUAUUCAUGUAUUUGAUACGAAAACAGAUCAAACUGAACAUAUUCGUUGUGCUGAUCAAUGUUUUUGUCUUGCUGUUCAUGAAUAUCAUAUAUUUCUCGGAACGAAUCGAAACGAACUUGAAGUUCGUUCUUAUCCUCAUGGUGAUUCACUUCCAAGUCUUGCUCAUUUUACACAACCAGUAUCGGCACUUUGUUUAUCAAAUUCUUCACUUUUUAUUGGAACGAAAGAUUUUAAAGUAGUUAUGAUAAAUUUAAAUGAUGAUUCAAAUAAAUUAAAAUAUUUUGAUGGUCAUCAAGCACCAAUACUUUCAUUAAAUGUCUAUCAAGAUAAACGAUGGAUUGUAACAUCAUGUUGUGAUGGUUCUGUUAGAAUAUUUAAUAUUGAUAAACAAAAUUUAAUAAAACAAUUGAAUAUUAUUACAAAAUCAAAUGAUAUUGAAACUGCAACAUCCUUGGUUAAGGUCGAUUGGGAUAAAAAUGAUCAAAUGUUAGCUAUUCCAGUUAAGAAUACAAUUCAUUUUUAUGAAACUGAAAAAUGGACAAGAAAAAAAACUUAUGAAAAUGAUUCAAUUGAUCAAGUUAUUAAUUUAAUUAGUUAUUCACCAUGUCAAACAUUAUUCGUUAUUGCUUAUGUUAAUGGUCAAUUAUCGAUUAUUAAUCGUCUUACUUUUCAUAUUUGUAUGAAUUAUUCAUCAAAAGAUGCUGUUUGUUCAUUAUCAUGGAAUCCAACUCAACAAUAUCAAUUUACUUGUUCUACAAUGGCUGGUGAAUAUGCUCAUGUUGAUAUAUGUGAAUAUAUACCAAAAUCUACAAUAAUAUCAUUGGAUAAAGAAGAAAGUCAAGUUGAAAAAAUGAGAACAAUAAGUGAAGAUGAUGAAAAUGAAUCAAUAUCAAAUGAUAAUGAUGAAGAAAAAGAAAUAAUUCCAAAAUGGUUUGAACGUGCAACAUCAAUAAUAAGUGAAAAAAAAUCAGUUGAAAUUCAAGAAUCAUUUCAAUCAACAUCAACAUCAAAAUUUCUUGAAAGUCGUUAUUUAAUAUGGAAUAAUAUAGGUGCAAUAACAUGUUAUAAUCAACAAAUUCAAAUAUCAUUUCAUGAUGUAUCAUAUCAUCAUUCAAUAACAAUUGAUAAUAAAACAGAUAAAUAUAAUCUUGCUGAUUUAUCAUUAUCAUCAAUUAUACUUGCUUCAUCAGAAACAGGCAAAUUUUUAUGUUUAUUAUAUCAGUCAUGGGAUUCAAAUAUGCGUCAAUGGACAUUAAAUACAGAAAAUAAUGAAAAUAUCGAAAGUGUUAAUUUAUGUGAAGAUUUUAUUAUUAUUGGAACAUCUCAAAGAUUAAUACGUUUAAUAAGUUUAUCAGGUAUUCAACAAAGAAUAAUUCGUCUUCAAGGUCCAAUUAUUUCAAUAACUUCUUAUCAAAAUCAAUUAUGGAUUAUUCAUCAUUCAACACAAGGUCUUCCAAAAGAACAAGCUAUGUCAUAUGUUUAUAUUGACAUUGAUAAUGAUUAUUAUUUAACAGGUCCAUUACCAUUAACACCAAAAACAAAAUUAAUUUGGAUUGGUUUUUCUGAUAGUGGAAAAUGUUUUUAUUUGGAAAAAUCUGGUUAUUUAACUAUGCUUAGACGUACAAAAACUAAUCAAUUUGAACCAUUGCUUAUUUCAAAUCUUAAACAAGAAGCUGAAAAAAAUAAAAUAACAAAUUAUUGGUUAUUAGGAAUAAAUGAUUUUGAUGGAAAACUUCAAUUACGUGUUAUUGAACUUCGUGGUCAAUCAUAUCCUGAACUUGUUCCAUGGCCAAUUGUUUCAAUUAUUUCGAUUCCAUUAUCUUUAUAUGAAAUAAAUACAGAAAAAAGUCAACUUGAAAGUGAUUAUCUUAAAAUAAAAUUAUUUAAUAAUUCAAUAGAUAAUGAUGAAUAUAUAAAUAAUGAAAGACAAUCUUUAAUUAAAAUGUUUGCUUUAUCAUGUAAAUCAAAUCGAGAAUAUCGUGCAUUUGAAAUUUGUCAAUUAAUGGAUUCAAUAGCACUUCAAUUAGCAAUUAAAUAUGCAACCAAAUCAGGAAAAUUAACAUUAGCUCAAAAAAUAAUUGAUGAUUUAAUUGAACAAAACAACAAAGAUGAAGAACAAAAAGAAAAACAUACGAACAAAACGAAUAUUUCGUCAUCAAAUAAUUCUUCGAUUUCAUCAUCAACUAUUUCAUUUUCAUCAUCAUUUGAAGAAUUAAAACAAACUCGAUCAAAAGUCGAAAUAACAAAUGUUCCAUUUAAUAAUCCAUUUCGAAAAAAGAAAUUAACAAAUUCAACUAAUGAAACAUCAACAAAUGAUGAAUUAAGUCAAUGGAAACCAUCUAUUAAUAAAUCUCGUCUUCCAUCAUCAAAUAAAACAAUACCUCAGAGUGAUGUUAAUGUUGAAACAACAACAACAAUAACUGAAAAUGAAGAAAAUUCAUCAAGUGGAAAAAGAAAAAUUGAUGAGACUGAAAAUAAUAAUGAAGAUACAACAAAAAAUAAACGAAAUAGACUUCAACAAUUUGCUUGUAAUCGAUAA